ACUGAGGAACCGGAGCUGAGCUUCAGCUGCUGUUAAUGACGCGGUGGAUAUAUGAGGCUUCACUCCUCAUCUCUAAGGGGACAAACAACACUGUUCUGUUCUCAAAGAACAGCACAGAGACACCUUUUUACACACAAGACGGGAACAUCCUGGUCUAUUUAAACGGGAUAGAAAGACUGACCAGCUCAUAAAGAAGCUGUAUCUCCACUGGAGGGUAAAAGCAGAGUAUCAGUGCAGGUGAAUUUACGCACACGCUUGUAGAGGCAGGCGGAUCGACGCGUAAAACAUGGUGCCAUCACAGAGGCUGCUGAUUCCUCUGUCCUUCUACUGAGACUGAAAUACUGUACACACAGUGACAUCAAAGGAGGUGGUGAUAUCACCAUGAAGGAUACAGGAGAAUCGAAGGACCACCAACUAACAGUGGCUUUGCGAAUUCGGCCUCUGAGCGAUGUUGAGAUAGAAGAAGGGGCUGCAAUUGUAGCCCACAGAGUGGACGACCAGACAACAGCAAGCACACUUGGUGCUUCAUCAUCUACAAAAAAAAUGGUAGUGCUCAUGGACCCUCUAGAGGAUCCGGACGACAUCCUGCGAGCCCAUCGGUCCAGGGAGAAGACAUACAUGUUUGAUGUGGCCUUUGACUACACAGCCACACAAGAGGAGGUAUACCGAGCCACUACAAAAGGGUUGAUCGAGGGCCUUAUAUCAGGAUACAAUGCCACUGUGUUUGCCUAUGGACCUACAGGUUGUGGGAAGACAUACACUAUGUUGGGAACGGAUAAAGAGCCUGGCAUCUAUGUUCGCACUCUUAACGACCUGUUCAAAGCUAUUGAAGAGACCAGUGAUGACAUGCAGUACAGUGUUUCCAUGUCUUACCUAGAGAUAUAUAAUGAGAUGAUUCGGGACCUGCUGAAUCCAUCCACUGGCUUUCUAGACCUGAGGGAGGACUCAAAGGGGGAGAUCCAGGUAGCUGGCAUCACAGAGGUCUCCACUGUUAACGCACGUGAGAUCAUGGAGUUGUUGAUGAAGGGGAAUAAGCAGCGAACUCAGGAGCCGACAGCGGCCAAUCAGACGUCCUCACGCUCUCACGCCGUGCUCCAGGUGGCCGUGCGGCAGCAGAGUCGCUGCAGAGAUGUCCUGCAAGAGGUCCGCUUUGCUCGGCUCUUUAUGAUCGAUCUUGCUGGCUCUGAACGUGCUGCACAGACACAGAACAGGGGGCAGAGGCUGAAGGAAGGAGCUCACAUAAACAGGUCUCUGUUGGCACUGGGAAACUGUAUCAAUGCUCUGAGUGAGAAAAACGGGAACAGAUACAUCAACUACAGAGACAGCAAGCUGACACGACUGCUUAAGGACUCGCUUGGUGGGAACAGUCGGACGGUAAUGAUAGCUCAUAUAAGUCCUGCUUCAUCUGCCUUUGAAGAGUCUCGUAACACUUUGACUUAUGCUGAUCGUGCCAAAAGUAUCCGCACAAGGGUGAAAAGAAACUUGCUGAAUGUGUCUUAUCACAUUGCGCAGUACACCAGCAUCAUCUCAGACCUUCGCAGUGAGAUACAGAGACUGAAGACGAAGAUUGCCGAACAGUCUGGUCGACAGAGCAAUGCUGACAGAACAGACAUACGCCAUGUGCAGGCGGAAGUCCAGGCUCAUUCCACACAGCAGAGCAGAGCAGAGAUGGACCAUCUGAGGGAACAGCUAAUAGAAGCCUUCAGACAGCAGAUGCAGAUCAGAAAACGGCUAAUGGAGCUGGACAACACGAACAUGGAGAUCCAGAUUGACACGUCCAAACACCUGCUAACCAUUGCAGAUUGGGAGCAGGAACGAAGUAGGCACCACAGGAAGUGGCAAAGUGAACGGAGGAAAGAGAGUUUUCACAAGGAUGAGAGUGAGAAGGAUUCAGACACUCCGGAUUCUCCUCCGGACAGCACAGAGACUCAGGAGGUGGCCAUGGCAAGAGAGAACCUGGUCAUGCUCAUGAAUGAACAGAAAAAAAUACGCAAACAAAAGGCUGGUUUAGAACGCCUCCUAGUGGAGUUACGGGAAAGAGCUCGGCGUCUGGAGGAGCUGCUGCCAUGCAGGGUGAGCUCAGAGGAGCAACGGGAGGUCCUCGGACUGCUGUGUAAGGUGCACGAGCUGGAGAUUGAAAAUGCUGAGAUGCAGUCACACACACUUCUCAAGGACAACGUAAUCCGCCAGAAGGAUGUUGUGGUGCAGCGCUUCGAACAGCACAGGCAGCUGUGCCAUGAAAUCAUCCAGCAGCAGCGGCAGUUCAUCAACAAUCACAAUCUGCUGGUGCCUCCGCAACUUCAGGAGCUGUAUGAUAUGUACAUUAGAGAGUUGGACGAGGGAAAUCUGGAUCGAGUCAUAGCUUUAGAUAAGGUCACCAUCCAUACUCUGAAGGAGGGAUCUCUGCCCAAGAUUGCUCUCCCUAGCAGAGGACGUGACCCCUUGCAGGAGCUGGAUUCAGAUCAGGAGAGUGUUCGCACUCUGGGGUCUGAAACCAGACAAGGAAGGGUUAAAGUGCGGAGGCACACUUUGCCACCGAUUUUACCAGAGCCUGAUGGUGACAGUAACCGUGUGUUUAAGAGCAGCCUGCAUGCAAAGCAGAUAAAGAGCUCUGCGGUCAUGACUCCUCCACCUAUUCACAUCAACGGACAGGGCAACCGAGAGUUGUUGCCCAGCGCUUUAGAUGGAGCUCUGAGCUACACCCUCUUGAGCCACAGUAUGAGCAGCCACUUGGACUCCUCACCUGAGAGCAGUGAGAACGGAACUGAAGCUCCUCUCACACCUAAAGAGAGGCAGAAAAUUCUAAGAGGUGUGCACAGCAUUGCGGUGAAAGCAGCACGACGCCGUUCCAAAGUGCUGGAGAUUGAUGCUCUGCGUGUUCCUCCUCCUCCCUUGAUUAUGGAUACCAAAAAAAAUAAAAGUAUACUGUAUUUAACUGAUGCACCUCUGAAAAGGCCAGUGCUGCGUCGAGGACGGCAGCCAAGCCCAGAGCUCCGCCACGCCACAUCCGACGACAAUCUGUCGAGCAGCACGGGUGAUGGCCUUGUCCCAAACAGCACCUGGACACGACCCAGGAACCGCCAGGCUGUGCCCAAAAACACCGGCCCACGGGAGCAGGACUUUGAGGCUCGCAGGCGCAAAAGAAGAUCUCGCUCCUUUGAGGUGACUGGACAAGCUCUAACUCACGGGAAGAGCACUAGCCAAAGUUUCAGGCCUCUCGAUAGCACUUCUGACCCACACCUACACAUUAACGGCCAGCCUCCUGCACCCCUCCUGCGCCCUCGGCACAGAGCUCCGGUUCAGCUUGGCAAAGCCCGACCCUCCCACGCCAUCCACCAGACAGGUUCAACAGGAGAUGCUCCCUUGAUCAACCUUCCCUCUCACCUUAGCAAUGUAAAGCACGGCCCCCAAACCCGGCUGCCUCAGCCGCUCCUCUAUGUCACCUCCACAGGCGCUGGAGGUCAUCGCACUCGCAAACACUGAGGACUCCUUCAUUUACUCAAGUUACAGACAUCACUUUUUUAACAGUCUGAAAUUCAAGAGACAUUUCUCUUCAUCCCAAUGCCCGUGUUACACACGACGGAAUCAAAUUCACUACAAGGACAGAAAGAAACCUGAAUAUUGCCUUGUGCUGUGUGCAGAAAGACAGGGUUAAGAGCCUUGUGUAUAUAUUGGUGGACUCCUGUGUUCUUUUAUGUGUUUCUGCUGAUGUGCUUGAAGAUUAUCUCUGGCAUGUAGCAUGCAAGUGCUUUUAAUCAUUUGCAGAUCCAUUUAAUUAUAUAUCAACGUGCAUUCAGGGGAUGCAGAACUAUUAAAAAAAUUUAAACCCAAGAUAAUAUAGAAAAGAAAUGCUUGUUUAAGCUAAGCAGUUUUGACAGAGGGUAUAAUCCUGCCUUUAAUGCUUUGGGUUUAGUGUGUGAUUAUGCCGUAUGCCUUGGUGUGUGUAUUAUGUGAUUCUGGGAAAUCAUAAAAAGCACCUUCAAAACGUAAUUCAGUGUAUUUAAGCUGAAUGUAAACCUUAUUUUUUACGAACCCAGGUAUGGGAGUGAGUGAGUUUUAUCCACAAGGGAACAGUAUAUCUCACAUGUCUCAUGGUUGCAUAAGGCAUCUUCAGUUCAUAGUGUUUUCUUUGUCUCAUAUGCAAUCAGGGUAUAAUUUCUGUGAUAACUGUUAUAGGCUCUGAGUUUCUGUAGAAUGAUCUUGAAGCUCUAGUCUGUUCCAUUUGUUGAUGUCACUGUUUUAGUCAAUGUUUACUGUAAAUGACUAAUAGGAAUUUUCCUUUAUUUGCCUCAGACUGGUACUUAAACUGUAUUUUCUCUACAGAUGACAUAUUUCUUUGUAGUAAAGCCAGAAAUAAUACAACAUCAUAUCUAUGUAUUUAUCACGUUCCUGCGCCUUGGAUGAUCUUUUUAAUCGACCAGCCUUUUCUUCGAUGUUUUCGUAUGCAUACAUAUACUCUUUUUCUACUCUUAAUUUUGUACAUUUUUUAUUUGUAUACAAAUAAAAUUGAUU